AUGGCCAAAUUGUUUGACCCAUUGGGAAUCUUGGGGCCAAUCAUUAUCAAGGCCAAGAUUUUCAUGCAAAUGCUCUGGAAGGAGAAACUUUCGUGGGACGAACCUCUCCUUGAUCAUCCGAAGGAAGAAUGGCAGAAUUAUCGAGCCGAUCUAACUGCACUGAAAUCUUUCUCUGUUCCACGUCUGGUGAAGGCACCGGGCUCAGCAAACAACAUUCAGCUCCAUGGGUUUUGCGAUGCCAGCGAGCGUGCGUACGGGGCAUGCAUCUACAUUAGGAGUGUUGGCCACGACGGGGUGGUCACAGUUCGUCUUCUCACAGCCAAAUCCAGGGUGGCUCCAGUUCACCAUACAACUAUUCCUCGCUUGGAACUUUGUUCUGCUGUUCUCCCUAGCCAUCUCUACUGCAAGGUGACUGAAAGUCUCAACGUUGGCGCAGAUGCAUUUUUUUGGUCUGAUUCCAUGAUCACGCUGCAUUGGCUGCAUAAUUCACCCUCCAAGUAUAAGACUUUCGUGGCGAAUCGAAUCGCGGAAGUCCAACGCAUCACCGACGGUUGCACCUGGAACCACGUCGCCGGUUUAGAGAACCCGGCAGAUAUCAUCUCCCGAGGCACUAGUUCCAGCGAUCUCUUCAACCUAGCCCUGUGGUGGAAAGGUUCACCAUGGUUAACAUCGGAUCCGACGGAAUGGCCAAACAGUUUUGUCAAAUUUGAUACAACAAAAUUUCCAACGAAAGUUCUUGAAGAGAAAACUUGCCCAUUCAUAUAUUCAUCUUUGACGAGAUUGUUGCGAAUUGUCGCUUACUGUCGGAGAUUCAUUCAACAUUGUAGAUCGAAAUUGUCUGGCACGAUUCCGGUAUCAUCGCCAUACCUAACAGCUGAUGAACUCUCUCGUGCAGCAUUUGGACUCGUGGUUACAACCCAAGCCGAAUGCUUUCCCCAACAACUUGCUCUUGUACGCGAUGGCAAAGAAAGUGAAUUGAAAAAGUCAUGGCGAAAACUUGAUCCUUUUCUCCAUGAAGGCGCACUUCGCGUUGGUGGCCGGUUAAAUCAAUCGCUCUAUUCAUUUACGCGUAAGCAUCCACUAAUACUUCCAGCAGUUCAUCCGUUUACCGAACUUAUUUUGGACUCUGCUCACAAGCAGUUGAUGCACGCAGGCCCUCGGUUGAUGAUCGCCCACAUCCGAGAGCGUUUUUGGCCACUAAAUCUUCGUAACCUGGCACGAAAGAAAGUUAGAUCCUGUAUUCAAUGUUACCGAGUGCAACCCCGUCCUGAAAGCCAGCUAAUGGGUCAGCUUCCCAAAGUUCGCAUAACACCAGCCCGAGCAUUUCUCAACACAGGUGUGGAUUUUUGUGGGCCUGUUCUGAUCAAGCACGCUGUACGGCGAAGCAAACCGAUUCCACCAUCGCGAGCCUACAUCGCAUUGUUCGUCUGCAUGGUUACAAAAGCCGUACACCUCGAGCUAGUCAGCGAUCUUAGCACCGAAGGCUUCAUCGCUGCAUUAAAACGUUUUGUGGUUCGCCGUGGUAGACCAAUCAGUGUGUACUGCGACAAUGCCACAAACUUCAGCGGGGCUGAACGGGAGCUACAAGCACUCCUCAAGCAGUUUCUCAACCAACAGCAACGAGAAAAAAUAAUAUCGUUUUGCGCGGACGUCACUGUUGGGUUUCACUUUAUUCCCGCCCGUGCGCCUACAUUUGGUGGCCUAUGGGAGGCUGCUGUUAAAGCACUGAAGCAUCACCUCCGCCGAGUCGUCGGCACCGAAUCACUAACCAGUGAAGCAAUGCAAACAGUCCUGUGCCAAAUUGAGAGCUGCCUCAAUUCUCGGCCAUUAACGGCUGCAUCUGAGGACCCCAGUGAUCUGGGCGUUCUUACUCCGGGACAUUUUCUGGUCGGAUCAGCACUCCAAUCCAUCCCGGAGCCCGACCUAGCCAGUGUUCCGUGCAACAGACUUUCGUUGUGGCAAGCAAUUCAACGUAAAUGUCAACAGUUUUGGAAGCUGUGGUCAACGGAUUACCUCCAUCAACUACAGCAGCGUACGAAGAAUUUAUACCGGCAGCCGAACAUCUUGGUCGGCAAGCUGGUGCUUUUGAAGGACGACAACUUGCCCCCGCUCAAGUGGAGUCUGGCUCGAGUUACUGCGGUGCGUCCUGGUCCUGAUGAACUGGUACGCGUCGUCAGUGUCAAGUUUCCGUCUGGCGCUAUCUACGAUCGACCGAUUUUGAAGGUGUGCCUGCUUCCUAUUAACGACACUACUGCAGAUUCAGCUACCGAUUCCGAGGAAACCGGUGGUGAUCCCGAAGAUGAGCAGAUUCAACCAUCGAACACGACAGAGGAUAACGAAUCAUAG